AGUCGCACCUUUCCACCAGCUCCGGAUAAUGAAACGCUCCUCUCUCUCUGUGACUCCGCACUACACAGAACUGUUUCCUCGCUCUCGUGUUUAGUCACAAAACUAAACACCGUCGGAGAUUUUCCCCCUCUGAAGUCCUGCCCAGUCUCAGUUUGUCUCCGACAGCAGCAGCAGGACUCUCGGUCACACUUCACUUCACCGCCAGUCGCUCAAGUCGUCGCGAGGCGCCGGUGGAUAAGCUUGAGAGGUGAGCGGUGUGAACAGUGCUGGAAUGCAACAGGAUUAUCAUCUGACCUUAACUCAGGCAAAGCGACCAGACCAUUAGAUCACACGUUUUCUGCUGCACUACAAUGCCUUUGAGGUUAUAAUGUCCACACUGAAGCACGUUAUUCUACAGGAUAAAGACCAGGACGAUGAGAAGAAGCUGGACUGGAGUUACAUUGAAUGGGUUGAAAAUGAAGUUGUCACCGCAACAAGUGUGGCAAAUGCACAGACACAAACGGACUGGGGGCCUGUUCAGCACAAGGAGUGUCAGACCAGCAGCCCCAUCAUAAUGCACAUAGAUCUCACACGGACACACUCCAAGCUGAGACAUCCAUCCCUGGUGGACGCCGACGGCUUGGUUGCACCUUUAUUCCAGUUUGACCGACAGGCCCCCGCCCGCAUCUCAACAUCUCCCACCUUGAGGAGGAUGAGGAGCACCAGACGUCCUUUGAUGGAUACACGGGAUCCUGUCAUGAUGGGGAGCACUCGGGAGGAGCCUUCCUCUGAGAGCACGCCACCCCCCAUAAGCCCCCAGUCCCCAGCACACAGAGUCAUGUCUCCUCUUGCAGCGAGCCCCCUCUCUGAUGGAGAGAUCUGUCACGAUCAUCAGCCCAUUUCAUCCUCCGGCCGACAGAGAACCAGAUCAUAUAGAUCAAAGACUUUUGACAAUGGCAUCACUUCCAUGAGACAGGAAUGCCGCAGUGCUCAUCCUACACUUAUUAAAGAUUUUGGAUUUCCUGAUAGUGGCAUAAAGGAGAAGGAGCACUGCCAUGCCAGGCUUCAGGAAAGGAGACGCAGCUCUGUGGUGGUCAGCUUACCCGGACUAGAUGUUUCGCCAGGAGACCUUUUUGUUUCCAACGGGGCAGCCGACAUUUUAAAUGGUUCAAACUUCUCUGAUACUAAGAAGUCCAAGUGGCCCUUUUCAAGGCGUAGCACGACUAAAGGGAAGCCACAGAUAGGCACAGCAUCUGAUAUUGAAAAAUAUCUCUCGACAUCACAGAUUCAAGACUGGAGAAGCUCUGACCUUCAGAGGUAUAAGGACUACUCUCUGUCAGACUUCCUGCGGGACCAGUCUUCCCAGGUGAACUCUGAUUCUGACCCUCAGGGCUUCAAGAGACACGAGGCCAUCUGGGAACUCUUCACCAGCGAGUGUGUUUACUUCCUGGACCAGCUCAUGGUUCUCAAAGAGGUGUUUUCGGCGACACUCACAAGCCUAAAGAUGAGGAACUGCCUGACCGAUGUCGACUCCUGGAGGCUGUUUGCAAACCUCAAUGAGCUUUGCCUGGUGAGCUUUGGUUUCCUGAACAACCUCCUCCGUGUCAUCAAGGACAUGUUGGAGAUUACAGAGGGUGGCGGGACCACUCUGCUGGAGCUGCUGAGCAAGGCUUUCCAAGAGAGCAUAUGUCACUGCAUGCAGAAGUACUGCCUCAACUACUCCACGGCUCUGCUUUAUCUGGACAGCCUGAAGCCCAGAGAGGACUUUGGAUCUUACGUGAAGUGGUGCGAGAGGAAUGAGCAGUGCCGGAGGCUGCAACUGCGUGAUCUGUUGGUGGCGCCACUGCAGAGGCUAACUCGAUACCCGUUGUUGUUGAGGAAUAUUGCAAAGAGAUGCCAGACAGAGGAAGAGACCAGAGGCCUGCAGGUUAUAACUGAACAAGUGGACACAUCAAUAUGUGAUUUAGAGGGAAAGGUGAAAUGGCUGGAUAACUACCAAAAGGUGAAACAGCUGAGAGACGCCCUGCUGUGGCUGCCUGUGUGGGAGAGAGACAAACGCGCCUUCGUCCCUGAGAAUUUGAAACAUCUCCUAAAGGCCGUCACUCUGGAGAAUCUCAUUUCUCACAGAAGUCUGCUGCACGAAGGGAAAAUGGUGCUCACAGAGAACGCAAAGUUGAUCGAUGUUUAUCUGUUCCUGUUCGACGAAUUCCUGCUGAUCACAAAGAUAAAGAGAAACAAGAAGCGGUCCAUUGGUCCAGAGCAGAAUCCUCUCAGGCUGCCACUGAACCUGGAGCUGGACCAGCUCCUGAAGGAGGGAUGCACCUUCACGGUUCUGGACCAGCCCGUCUCUCUGGAUCGACUCCAGCUCAAGAACAUUGAUCAGCUCAAUGCUUCAACAUCGGGCCUGCCUCAUUCUUUCAUAAUCAUGCACCAGAACCGCUACCAGCAGUGUAUCGGUGCAUUCAUCCUGCAAGCUGCGUCAGAGUCUGUCAAGAGAGUGUGGAUGUCGAAGAUAGAUGGCGCUGUGGCGGCACUGCUGAAGCUGGACUCUCAGCAGCCGCGAGUCAAGAGCUCCUCACUGUGGCUGGAGUCUUCACAGAUAUGAGCCUUCAAACAGCACUGCAAGCCAUCGGCAAUGUCUCUGCUGUCAACGUGCACUUCACUGUCUCCUGACAUCCUGUAAAUGACUGUACUAGCACUACGCUCAUUUUGUAAACUUAUUGUUUGCCUUGAAAGGCAGCUACUGCAGUAGUGUACAAUAAAUAUCUGAUUAUGUAGAUAAAGAGGUUCUUCAGCGAUUUAACAUCUACACUUACAUUACAACUGGGAAAACUGUCUGCUCACCAAGCUUAUGUGAUACCAUAGAAUCAAAAGCUCCAAAAGACCUUGAGGUGAGUUUUUAUUUUUAUUUAUUAUACCAAUAGCUGUUUCACAGGUCAACAAUGAAACU